GGAUGUAGCGCAGCCGCUAACAUGACAUAAAGUAGCUUAGGCUGAGCUGGCCGUUGGUUGGGGCUGUUUUGACUCCGCUGGCUGUUCCCCAUCGACGUCCUUCUCUACGUGGAAGCUGGUCGCUCUCGUCGGGGAGGUUUCCACACACCGAGGCGGGGGCUGAACACACAGAUCUGCUUCAAGCAGAACCGAUAAGAAUAACCCAGAAUCUGCUGAACUGACGCCAUGGACCCAGCCAGUCAAGAUAUCAACCUGAACUCUCCAAACAAAGGCAACAGCAUGGAUCGCUCAGACAACAUGGCCGACGAUCAGGCGGAGGGCGCGGCGGCGGCGGCGAACUCGCCUCACCCUCUCCCCCCCGGCCUGACGGAGGAAGAGGCCGAGGAGCUCCACCUCGAACUGACGAAGGUGGAGGAGGAGAUCAACACGCUGCGCCAGGUCCUGUCCGCCAAAGAGAGGCACGCCGCGGAGCUGAAGAGGAAGCUGGGCCUCAGUCCGCUCAACGAGCUCAAGCAGAACAUCACCAAGAGCUGGCAGGACGUCCAGACCUCACAGGCAUAUCUGUCUGCCUCAGCCACUUUGGAUGACAUUACCCACUCUGAAGCAUACAAGAAGACCCAGGAGACUCUUUCUGAGGCGGGACAGAAGACGAGCGCCGCUCUCAACACGCUGGGCACGGCCAUCAGCAGGAGGCUGGGCGACAUGAGAGCUCUGCCUUUCUCUAACUCCUUUAGUAGCAACUAUUCCAUUCGCCACUCCAUAAGUAUGCCGGCCAUGAGAAACUCUCCAACCUUCAAGUCGUUUGAGGACAAAGUGGGAAACCUGAAGCAUAAGGUGGUGGGACCCAGAGGGAACGGAGACGCCGUCGGCUCCCCGRCCGACACCACCCCGACUCAUGAGAACCCGCCCUUCUGAAAGCACCGCCUCCUCAUCCUCGCUGCCAUCUUCCUCACGACCUCAGACUGUACUGUUAUGGAGCCCUGACCUCUGACCCCCCUCAGCAACACUCUGCAUUUUGUCCUACGAUCUGUAAAUCCUGUUAUCAUCUCUGAUUUAAAAUAAUAAUUUUGAGCCAGAAAUCAGAAAAACUAAAAAAAAAAA